AUGUGGCUGUCGUUAGGAGGUGUUUCUGAAUACUUAUUUACAGCUGAGGAGCAAUUCGUGACUUCUUGGGAGGGUAUAGAUAAAGGGCAGCCACCCUGUGUGGUGUUCAGUGAGGAUGCACUUCCCUGCUGUAGGGGGGAGAGUGAGGAUUGGGAACAUCGGUGGUUAAGUGAACCUCACCUCUGUUACCUCCCCACCCUGUGUGCCAGCAGAGACAUUGUAGUACGAGCCUCAGCUCUACAGUUGCUGGCCGGACUGUCUCGCAGUGUCAGAGGAGCAGGGACUGUCCUCCAGCUGUCCCCGGGACUCUUCGAGUGUAUUCUCAGGGUAGUUGUGGAUCACAGUGAAGCCAGUCUUGUGAGAGAGCAUGCAGCGCUCCUAUUGGCCAACAUUGUCAAGAACUCUUCUUCCAAGGAGUUGGCGGCGUCUGCAAAGAAGAUAAACUUGUACCAGGAAUUCCGGGACUCUAUCACUCUGGUCUCAUUGACAAGCCCGUCCACACAUACAGAAGCCAGCUCCGGGAUGUUGUAUACUCACCCGAGAUUUAUCAGGGCUGGCUGUUGGCUGGUCAACAACCUGAUGGCCUCCGCCCCAGACAACACACUUCAGCUGGUAGUGUCGAGUGGCCUUGCCGAUGCUAUGUGUAGGAUAUUGGUGGACAUUGAGAAGCUGGAAAACUACGACCUUGUUACCAUGUUCGGGGCCGUGUGCAAGCUGUUGUCUCAUUGUGUCAGUGGCUGUGAGCCUGCUCAGCUCCAGGACAUACUUCCUUCACUCCUGUGUCUCCUGGACCCAGCGUACAUCGUGCAAGACAGUGAUCAGGCAGACAGAGGAGUGAAGAUGUUGUGGCGGCAGGUCCUGAGGUUGCUGAGUGUAGCGCUGCCUUGUGCUGAAGCCCAGCUAGUGCUGACCCAGCCUGCAGUCAAUACACUCUGCCAGUGCAUCAGCGGUGAGGGUUGUGCAACUCUCAAGACCAGUGCUCUCCAGGCUGUUCCGUCCUUGGCCAAGCACCUCACCCCAAGGGCGGAGGUAGAAGUUUGUGAAGCAUUGGUGACCCAGUGGCAGUGUCGAGGGGUGGGGGGAGGGUCUCCUGUGUUGCCUGCCCUCACCGCCCUGCUGGGUCACUCACCCCCCGCCACACAGACAGCUCUACAAUGCGGUCUCCUGGACUUUGUGGUCUCUGCACUAAGACAGGUCCACCUCUCCCUGCUGGUACAGACCUCCUGCACAGAUAAGCUCAAGAAGAACAACCCACUCGUAAAUGAGAUGUCCUCGUACUUGUACCUGCUGACCAGUUUUCUGUACGGCAGCGACAAUGUGAGACUAGCUGCAGCACAGCUAGGACUGGCCGACCUUGUACACAAGGUGUGGCUGUGGUGUCAGGUGGACCCACAGUAUCUACUGAUGGCUCUGGACUUGCUCAUCACCUUCACUGCCAACUGCCCUGAAGCCGCCCAGACGUUGGUGUUGACCAGUACACUGUCGGGGGUGGGUCAGCGCAAGGCCCCUACCUCCCACUCACUUGUCCACGCUCUUAUCUCUCUGCUCGCUCGGGAGCGCCAGCCUCCCUCGGUCCGAGCGAGGGCCCUCACUCUACUCUCGCACUGCUGCCAGGCCCAUGAGUGCCGUGCCGUCAUUGCCAAGAAUGGCCUUCUCGCGUACUGGUCGGACCUUUGGGCCGACAGGAGACAACCACAGGAGGAGACAGAGGUCUUGUGGCUGAGGUUCAUCCUGACCUUCACAUCCUCUGUGGAAGGGCAGACGUCUGUACCUAAAACAGGGGAGUUGUUCUCGCAACUGGUCCAGUGUGCGGAGAGUGGGAGACCGUCGUCUAGGCCUCUGGCACUUGCCGUCGUACGCAACCUGGCCUCCCUUCCGGCCAACAGACCCAGGUUCCUCACCACAA